AGAAUUAAUUACGAGAUCGAAGUCUUUUCUGUAAAAAAAAAUCACAUGUUGAAGCGAGAGCUGAAAAUUGCUCGAAAUUAGGGGUGCCGUGCCGACAGGGUUCGGGCAUCACCAUCGGGGAAAGGGGGACAAGCCAAAGCAGGAUGGACGGGGGACCGGGAGCAAGUUAAGCUGCUGAUGAUUGCGCCUGCCUCCGGCCCUCCCUGCACUGCAUCUCCAGGGUGACGCCACAACAACAACAAUAUUGAGUUGGUGCUCCAUACAUGUUUGCUUCUCCUUUCAUCCACCGGACCACCACGUAGUACCAUCUCCAUAAACUAAUCAUAACAGUGUGUGUCAGAGUAUCCUUCUCUUGCGCUCGACUCUUUAUAAGCUCGCCACCCUCUCUCUCCGCCCUUACCCACAAACACUUGCCUGCUCCGAUCCGACCAGCUUUACAACAAUAGCUAGCUACUGUCACCACUUAUACUCCACUUAAUAGUACGAGCAGAGAUCAGAGACGUGUCCAGCGAGAGAUUAAUGGAGAUGACGGUGGUUAACGGGAGGGAUCACCUCGGUCUUGGCCUUGGGCUGAGCCUCGGCAUCGCCGGUACGACUUCUUCCGUGGCGGCUCCCCAGCGUGCUCUGACCGGCGCUGCGCCGACGCCAGGGCAGAAGACCAGGACGGCGUCGGCGUGCCACGAGAUGCCGCUGUUCCUGCGCGGGAUCGACGUGAACCGGGCGCCGGAUGCGGGGCACGAAGAGGAGGAGCCCGGCGCGUCGUCGCCCGACAGCACGCUGUCCACCCUUAGCGGCAAGCGGGGGAGGAGCGCUGCCGGCGCCGGCGGACGCGAGCAGGAGCGCGUCAGCGACGACGACGAGGAUUCCGGGUCCGGCGCCGGCGGGUCGCGCAAGAAGCUCCGGCUUUCCAAGGACCAGUCCGCCGUCCUCGAGGACAGCUUCAACCAGCACAGCACCCUCAACCCCAAGCAGAAGGCGGCGCUGGCGAGGCAGCUGGGGCUGCGGCCGCGGCAGGUGGAGGUGUGGUUCCAGAACAGGCGGGCGCGGACGAAGCUGAAGCAGACGGAGGUGGACUGCGAGGCGCUCAGGCGCCGCUGCGACGCGCUCACGGAGGAGAACCGCCGCCUGCUGCGGGAGGUGCAGGCGCUCAAGCUCCCGCUGCCUCAUCCUCAGCUAUACAUGCGCGCGCCGCCGCUCACCAUGUGCCCCUCCUGCGAGCGCGUCGCGCCCUCCGGCAAGCCGGCCGUCGCCGGGAACAGCACCGCCCUGGGGUCUGGCCCGUGGGGGCCCGGCCCGGUGCGGCCCGUAUUCGUGGACAGGCCAGCCCAGAGGGCGUAAUUAAUCAGUUCUUCUCUGUUUUUGAACUCAGAGGGUUUAAUCGGUCUAACAACUAACCAGAGCGUACGUGAUUCUGUUCUACUACUACGUGCUACUCCUGUUUGUUUGUUUGUUUGUUUGUUUACAGCAUAUGUCUAGCUAGUUUUAGUUUGUCAAGUUCCUUUUUAGACUUCCUCUGUUUGUUUACAGUAAAGCUAUCCUGUCCUGUACAAGUGAUGCGUGCAAUGGGACGAUGGGUUUUAGUAUUUCUGCAUACAAAGUUAAAAGCUGAUCA